CAAAGACGAAUUUAUUUGUGUGGUUAUCCCGCGAUUGCUCUACACGCGCCCACGCUUGGAAUUGAGCUGUGUGUGAUUUAGAGUGAACAUAUCUGACACCAGACAUCGCAUAAUACCCACUGGACAACAUAAAUCAACACCUUCAUCGCCAUGGCUGAUCAGAAAAUUGUGGCACCUGAGCCCGAUCCCGCGGCUACUUCUAUUCCCAAUGACCAGACUGUGAACGAGACGCAGGCCCACGAGCCCAAGACCACAGAAGAAGCUGCUCAGCCGGCCGAGGAAAAGGCUGAAGAGCCUCAAAAGGAGGAGGAGGAAAAGACGGCUCCGGCCCCUCGUUACUCAACGAACCCUAAGCACCGUCGGAAUGUUAAGUCGGACUUCACCGCGCAAAAGGAAUCCAGUGACCCAGAUGAGAUUCGGAAGCAGGUCGAGUUCUACUUCUCCGACUCUAACCUCCCCUUCGAUGCUUUCCUCCUGGACCGCGUGGGUGGCAGCAAGAACCGCGCUGUGCCCAUCAAAGUUCUGCACAGCUUCAAGCGCAUGCGUCACUUCCAGCCGUACUCUGCCGUUCUGGAUGCUCUCAAGGAGAGCACAGUUCUUGAUGUGACCGAGGACGAGGGCGUCAAGCGCAAGGUGCCCCUUGGCGAGGAAGCUCAAAACGCCAACGCUGGCGAGGGCGUCAAGGUCUUUGAAGACAAGGCUCUUGACCGGAGCAUCUAUGCCAAGGGUUUCGGCGAGGAGACUCCCAGCACGCAGUUCGAUAUCGAGGCCUUCUUUGCGCCCUAUGGCCCUACCAACGCUGUCCGUCUACGACGCACCUACACUAAGCUUUUCAAGGGCAGUGUGUUCGUUGAGUUCGACAAGCCCGAGACCCAGCAGGCUUUCCUUGCCCUCGACCCCAAGCCCAAGUGGAACGGCGAGGAUCUCUUGAUCAAGAGCAAGAAGGACUACGUUGAGGGCAAGGCCGCCGAGAUUGCUGCUGGCAGGAUCAAGCCAAACACUGACAAAUGGCGCGGAGCCAACCAGAAAGGCGAUGACCAGCGCAGGGGUGGUUUCAGAGAUAACCGCGGAGGCCGGGGAGGCCGUGGAGGUCGAGGAGGACGCGGUGGUCGUGGUGGCCGUGGUGGUCGCGGCGGUGCCCGUGGUGGCAGACACGACAACCGUGCCCAGCAGCCCAAGGACGAGAGUGCUCCCGCUGCCGCCCCGGCUGCUGAGUCCGCUGAUGCCGCCGCCAGCAAGAAGCGCGGCCACGACGAAGUCGAUGGUGGCGCCGGUGACAGCCAGAGCAAGAAGCAAGACACCAAGGAGGCUUAAGCGCCCUGUGCCCUGUGCCUUGCGCGUUUGAUGACACUUUUUUGACUUGCUUGCUUGACUUUCUUACUAGGGUUCGGCGCUCUUGUGGUUUUAUUUCGACUCAUCAUCUACCACGCAAAUUUUCCGCACACCUCAUAACGAUCUUCUAUUUCCUAAAAGGGUCUGGUGGAUAUUCUUCAGUUAUGCCGGCAUCAUGACGGAUGCAACUCAGAUAUUUGUACAACUAAGUCAGUUUGACUCUAGGCAUGGGCAUACUAUUUCACUUUCCGGGAA